UGAGGAUGAUCGACUUUUCGCCAGCGCUCAUUGCCCCGAAGGACCGAACCUCUCAGUUCAGUGAGAGUCUACAAUUCUCCGACGACAUCGGUGUAGCUUUGUUCCAUUUGAUGUUUCAGUUGGUCGCCUCAGGAGCUGUGCUCAAAAUCUUCACACUUCAACGACUGCAACUUGCUAGCGGUGAAAAUCUCUUUGCUUUGGUUUCAGUUUUCUUUUGCUAGAUGGAGGGAGCAAAAGAAGAAUUCUUAAGGCUUUUUAGGGACGAUUACGGUUACCCUGACGCUCUUAAGAAUAUCGACGAGAUGCGCUCUACUGAAUUCAAGAGAUUGGAAGGGGUUACUUAUUUGGAUCAUGCUGGAGCAACGCUCUACUCGGAGGCUCAAUUGGAAGCAAUUUUCAGAGACCUAUCUACAAAUGUCUAUGGGAACCCACAUAGCCAGAGUGAUUCCAGCCAUGCAACAUCUAAUGUCUUAAAUGAAGCACGCCGACAGGUACUAGCGUAUUUUAAUGCCUCUCCGAUGGACUACAAAUGUAUAUUUACUUCUGGAGCGACAGGGGCUUUGAAACUAGUUGGUGAAACUUUUCCUUGGUCUGGUGAAAGCUGUUAUAUGUACACGGUGGAAAACCAUAACAGUGUUCUUGGGAUAAGAGAAUAUGCUCUUGAUCUCGGAGCAACGGCUCUUGCUGUUGAUAUUGAGGAGGUUGAAUAUAUGAGAAGCUCAAAACCUUCCAUCCAUAUCUUGAAACACUCAACACUAAGGAGAAAUGAAGCCAGCUCUCCAGUAGAGAUUCAGAAUGGUAACUGUUCGGGGAAUGCUUAUAAUCUGUUUGCUUUCCCCUCUGAGUGCAAUUUUUCCGGCAAGAAAUUUCCUCUAGAAUUGGUCAACAUUAUUAAAGGGUGUGCUGGAAGAAGAAUUGGAGACUCACUACAGUGCCGGGGUUCCUGGUUAGUAUUGAUCGAUGCUGCUAAAGGUUGUGCCACGGAACCACCAGAUCUAGCUAGGUAUCCUGCUGACUUUGUUGCCUGUUCUUUUUACAAGAUGUUUGGUUUUCCAACUGGUCUAGGAGCUCUCAUUGUUCAAAAUGAGGCGGCCGGGCUUCUAAACAAGAAAUAUUUCAGUGGAGGUACUGUAUCUGCCUCUAUUGCUGACAUUGACUUUGUAAAGAGAAGGGAAAGCAUCGAGCAGUUCUUUGAAGAUGGAACUGUUUCUUUCUUGGAUAUUGCGGCUAUUCGUCAUGGUUUCCAUAUAAUCAAUAGACUAACUAUGCCGUCUAUAUCCAGGCACACAGCUUCUCUUGCUACAUAUACAAGGAACAAGUUGGUGGAGUUGAGGCAUGGAAAUGGGCUGAAACUUUGUUUACUCUACGGAAAGACAGUUGAGAAGGCAAAUCCUUCUUGUCUGGGUCCUACAGUCACAUUCAAUUUGAAAAGGUCUGAUGGAUCUUGGUAUGGGUAUCGUGAAGUGGAGAAGCUUGCUUCUUUAUCUUCUAUCCAACUGCGGACAGGCUGCUUUUGCAACCCUGGUGCAUGCGCUAAGUUCCUCGGUUUAUCUCAUUUAGAUCUUCUUUCCAACCUUGAGGAUGGACAUGUUUGUUGGGAUGAUGCUGACGUGUUAAAUGGAAAACCAACGGGUGCUGUUAGGAUCUCCUUUGGUUAUAUGUCCACAUUUGAGGACGCUGAAAAAUUCGUGACGUUCUUGAAAACUUCUUUUGUAACAAAGACCAGCAUAUGGAAAGUUCUAUAUCCAUUUGAAGCAAAGGCAAAUGCCCAUACUGAUGUCAGAUGGAGUCAAUUGAAUGAUGGCGUUUGCUUAAAAUCGAUCACAGUAUAUCCUGUAAAAUCAUGUGGUGGAUUCAGUGUUUCCUGCUGGCCUCUAGUCAAUUCGGGCUUGAAAUAUGAUCGUGAAUGGCUUCUCAGAGGACCAAAUGGUGAAAUUUUGACUCAGAAAAAGGUCCCUCAGUUGUGCCAUGUACGCACAUUUGUGGACUUGGAGCAAGAGAUUCUUCAUUUGGAAUCACAAUUUUGCAACGAAUCAUUGCAAAUUUCUCUUCAAAUGGAUGUGUCGGCUAGUUUGCUGGAGGAGAUGAAUGUGUAUGGCCAAAAAUAUUUAGUGCGUAGUUAUGGAAAUGAAAUUAAUAAGUGGUUCACUCAAGCCAUUUCACUUCGCUGUACCUUCAUUCGGUGUGCAAGUUCAAAGCAUCGUUCCAGUGUGCGCCAAGCUGACAAUAGACUAUGCAGAGAUGUGCAAAGUCAACUAAACUUUGCUAAUGAAGCUCAGCUGUUACUGAUAUCUGAAGGGAGUGUUAAUGAUCUCAAUGACCGGCUUAGAUUGAACGCUAAGGAAUGCGUUAUAGAAAACGGAGGGUCGCUAAUUGUGGAUGCUAUGAGAUUCCGCCCCAACCUGGUUAUAUCUGGAGCAGAAGCAUAUGCUGAAGAUAAUUGGGGAACUAUUCAUGUUCGAAAGGCAAAAUUUAGUUCCUUAGGUGGAUGCAAUCGCUGCCAAAUGAUUAAUAUUGAUCAAGAAAGUGGAGAGAUUCAAAAAUCAAAGGAGCCUUUAGCAACUCUAGCUUCAUAUAGACGAGUGCAGGGGAAGAUUUUGUUUGGUGUUCUGUUAAGAUAUGAAAAUCAAAUGCCAGAAGACGCUGAAAAUGGUACUGAAGAAGAGCAUUGGCUUGAAGUGGGGCAGAAGGUCCAUCCUUCUCUUGUUAUUAGUUCAGAAAGUCUGCAGAUGUAAAUUAAUAAUCAUAAAAUAUGCGGCAAUUUGACCGUUGGAUUGAAUUGGAUAACAGAUGAAUUGGAAAAUAUGUUAAAUCCGUUAACAUUAAUGCCCUUGAAGAUGCGGAAAUAAAUUCCACAUGGAAAAUGUAACAAA